UACGUCGCCCCCUCACCCCGUCAAUCACGCAUACAUCGCCCCCUCCUCACGGCCUCACAUCAGCGCGCCUGAUCUCGCACAUCCCUCUCCCUCUUGCCUUCCCAGAACCGCACCUCACCGCCGCCGCCCGCGAUAGCCGCUGCCGCCGAUUCCUCCAGAUCUCCCUCACCCCAUGGCCGCCAGCGAUUCCUCUUCUCUCUCUCGGGCACAGCCUCACAGGACGAGCCGCCGCUCACCGCCGGCACGGAGAAAAGACCCCUUUUCUCCUCCCAAGGUUCACCGCAGCCACAAGCUCCUCCUCGAGAUCGAGGCGCUCAUGGAGGUGGAGCUCGAAGGAGGCAACGCACUGGGAGGUCGGCACAGGUGGCGGAAGCAGAUCAUGACUGGCGGAGCUUCGCCGGAGCCGCACCAACAUGGAUCCAGUGGCAGGGAGGAGAGAACUGAAGCCGCUGCCCUCACCGGAGCCAAUCAUGACGGGAGGAGCUUGAGCCCCGUCUCCGCGGCGGCGGAUGGCGAAUGGACGUUAUAAUUCUCUCAUUUGCUAAAUAUUUCUCUACAGCUACUUUUCUUCGAACAAGAAAUUAUUGGAGGUUAUUGACUAGGAAUCUUGCCGACAACAAUUUUCAAGGUCCUAUUCCUGCAAACAUCAGUUCUUGCACUGCUCUAAACAAAUUCAAUGUUUAUGGCAAUGAGCUCAAUGGUUCUAUUCCUGCUGGUUUCCAGAAGUUGGAGAGUCUUGACUUACUUGAACAUAUCUUCAAACAAUUCCAAGGAAUAAAUUCUAUGGAUCAGUUCCUGCUACUAUUGGUGAUCUGGAGCACCUUCUUGAACUGUAUGUUGCGGACCAACCUCCUAGAAACCAUAUUAUUUUUACUUUUAAUGAAAAACCAUAAUUUAUUUCAUAUGGCCAUUAUUAAUAUUGAUGCCUAAUUUUUUAUGCUUUGACUGAAGAAAUUUGAGUAAAACCAUCUUGAUGGAUCAGUUCCUGCUGAGUGAUGGCCUGAUGGGUCAGUUCCUGCUGAGGUUGGAAACUUGAAAAGCGUCCAAGUAAUGUAAGUGUGUUCCCUUGACCUCAAGCCUGAUAGUGGUUCUCUAUCUCCUAUGCAAAAUAGAAAAGAGGGAAUUGUUUUCCUUGAAAGGACUGCAAAUGCCGCAAAAGAAGAUUGUAAAUAGCCUUCUGCCAAUAUGAGAUUUUUUUUUUUAAUUUGCAAGCAGUGGCGAAGCUAUAUUAUCUUGGGGGGUGCAUAUGAACCCCCAUAUUCCUAACUUCUCACUUAAAAACACUAGAAUGUACAGUGUUGUACUGAAAAUUUCUAAAUUCUCAAUGGUAGUGCACCCCCUUGUUUUAAUGCUAGCUUCGCCCCUGUUUGCAAGCACUGCAACUUUCAAAGAAGAUGUAAGGUACAUAAGGUUAAGGUUAAUGCUAUUGAGCACUGCAUGCAUGUAUAUUAUCCUAUCAAAAUCAUCUGAGAAACAGCUAAAGGUUUCAUAAUGUUUAGAAUUUUCUCAACUAAAUUCCUCUAUCUGCCCUAUCGUACGACGUGGCGCCGCGCUUUCCUUUUUAGUGGUUUACUAAUGCUAAUCAUUGUUGAUGAACUAAUGCAGUUAUUGGGUUUGUCUGGACAUUUUGGUCUUGGAAACACCAAUAACUUCGCCAUCGUUGAUGCUGCUGGAGCUUUUUUUUUUUAAAGUAAUGUUGCUGGAGCUUUCAUUGUAGGUUUAACAAAGGCUUAGUUAAGUGCCUUUUGUCCUCAUCGCAUUCUGGUUUGACUAAUGAAUUUUAACAGGGUAUUUCAGGUUACUA